AUGGCAGGGGUGGGAUUGUUGGCAGCAUUAUUGAUCGUCUGGACCGUCAACAAGCAAGCGACAGUGCUGACAAAUACCUCCACAAGAACAACCGAUUCUGCCUGGAAGACAACCACCACCAAACAGAAGAUGUCCCACAAGGUUGUGACUGCCUUUUUGGAUCCUACUAAUUCUUCGUCUGCUUCUCACUUGAUCCGGUCCGAGUUUCCCACGGUGCAAUCCUGUUCCCGAUUGACACUGGACUUUGGAACGGCCGUGGUCAAUUCGUUGUAUAACAAUACUACGACGACCAAGAUUGAUCCCUGGUUGCCCUGGCUCCAUGAUUUCUUCCUGUCCGCCGAUGGUACCCAUGUGGUCUUUGUGGGACAGAAUCGACGCAAUUGCGAUACGGGAAAAGAUCGAAGGGAUGUCAUGCAGUUUUGGGAACCACAAAUUGCCCUCUUUCAACCACUUCCGGUGGUACGAACUGACUAUCGCAAUGGCACGGCGUCUUUUCGAUUGUUUCGGGAAUCACUCGACCCACUUCAUCAACAGACGACACUACUAAGAAACCAAAAUGAUGAUGACGAGAUUCAAAGUCAAGAAAUUGUACCCGAAACCAGAUUUCUCUGUCGCUUUCAUUGGCAGGACGACGACAACGGCAACCAACGUAUGGACGCUUCCUCGUCUUUGUCGCUUUCCAACUAUUUCUUCAACUACGAAUACGUGACAUGGAGAAAGAAAAAGCGCAUGUUCUCCGAAACCGAUCGAAGUGAGUUUUGGAUCUCCCAACUCAUCUUCUACUGUCCUAUUCCUACCAAAUUCCAAUCAUCGGCAACAGCGAGAACCAAAAAACAACAGCUUCUUGUGGAUGUCAUGCCAUUUCGUGUGCCUGCGAGAUCACAAGUGUGGCUGACUCCGGCCAUGGUAGGCAAGGACACGUUCGAUCAAGUCCGGGCCGUUCCGGACAAGCUUUUUGACAUUACCCAUCCAUUAUUAUUUCCAAACAGCAAUCUACCCGCCAUUUCCGAGAGUGGGCGCUGGGCCAAUCUACCAGUCUGUCCCAUUGUAGCAACAACAACCCAAUCCGCACAGACUCAAAAUGCACUGUCAUCCGUCGGCAAGAGCAAAACACCAAAACCGUACCGACUGGUCUUGUGCACUUGGACUUCGGCAUCCUAUCAUCGACGGGGAGAAGAUGAAGAACCACCUGUCCAAGACAAUUCCUUACGGCUCCGUGAGUGGUUGAUCUUCCAUCGUCUCGUGGGCUUUGAUCAUGUCGUAAUUUACGACAAUACACCUGGAAUCGACUCUCCUCAAGAUAGUCCAUUAUACACCCUAAUACAAGAGUUUGAUGAUGAUCCAUCCUUUGUUGUCACCCACCUGCCAUGGCCCGCCGUCAUUUGCAACAAUCAUCGUCCGGGACAUGCUCAUCCCGGAGAUCGCAGUUCACAGUAUGCCGCCGAAGCCAGUUGUCGAGAACGAUUUGGUCCUCUCACGGAUUGGAUGGCCGUUAUCGACACGGACGAAUACCUGACCCCUAUGAAAACUGUAACAACCAACAUGCCGCCAUCAAAUAAUAACGCACAACCAAUCACCUGGAAGCCAAUUAUAGAUGACAUGGAGAGGCGUGAGGUGGCAAUCAUCAAGUUCAGGAGUGGCCGUAGCUAUCCCCGGAUCCAUCUCAUGGAUCCCUUGGAGAAUCAGGGAGCCUGUGGAAACCCUGUCACCGAACGAUUCCUAAAAGAUUUGACGCCACAACCAUGCUUAAUUCCUAGGCGCAACGAGACUUUCUUAAAGGUGUACAAUUGCGACGGGGUCAAACGCCCGAGACCAGAACGAUUUCAACGUGCCAUGAAGCAACUAUACCGGCCUGACUAUGUUCUCAGCCAUUUUGUGCACUAUGCGACGGUGACAAAGUUCACAGCCGACUAUUAUGACCCCCUGCACAAUCCAAUCAACUACUUUGGUGCCAGGAGCGAGAAAUUUGACCCCACCAAGGAGGUCUUUAUAGAUGAGAUAGAAGAAGGAACAUUGAUCCACGCACGAUCCGUACAACCCAAGGAAACCAUGUUUCGCAAUGAAAUUUGUCAACUAAACUACCGCCGCAUGAACUGCUUCUUGGGCUAUGAAUGCCCUGAUUCCUUGGAAUGGAUAGACGAUUUGGGCCGACAAAAGGGGGCAAAAACAAAGAAGAACAUGAACAUGCAUCACGACGACAAGGGCAACUUUUGCUCUUGUUGGGUCAAUCAUCACGUCGAGCAAGUGUGGAUACCUCGGUUGGAGCAGGCAUUGGCACAACACUUGGCCAAGCGAGGGGGGUGA